AUGAAGAAAGAUUUAAAUAAAAGGCCAGUCAGAGCGAGGAGGAAGAAAACUAUGAAUUCGCUUUAUUAUAACAGCGAUUACAGUAAUGACUUAAACAGCGAGGAGUCCAAAGGUCGAGUGAGUUUUCUAAAAAAUGGUGAAGCCUCAGAUGAAUAUGAAACAUCGGGGACGAAUAGAACAAAAGAACAGAGAAAAUAUCAUGACAUGUAUAACCCCAACCAAAGGGUAGGAGACAACCCAAUGAUGAAUGACCUCCAUGUCAAUUCGAUCAUAUCGCAUGAGAAUAAAAAAAGUGUGUUUUUUGACGAUAGUAAUAACUUAAAAGAUUCAAGUGACAAUGAAAAAAGAAUGAGAAUAAAAAACCACAGGGCGCAAAACGAAGAAAUUCUAAACUUAAAGAAUGAAGUAAAAAUGGAACAUAAUGGAAGUAACAACUCACUUAGGGCAGAUAAAGGGAAGAGCUACAACCCUGGUACAAAUGGUUCGAGCAAAGCAAAUUGUAAUCGAGCCAAACAUUUAUCCAAUAGCAGUGAAAAUAAUUAUGCCAAAAUGGCAGAGAAGUUACCUCACGUAGUUGGUGUUCGAUUCGACAAAUCACAGAACAGAUGGCUUUCCGGCAUUUGUAUUAAUGGAAGGUGCAUCAAUAGAUACUUUCCUGUUUAUAAGUAUGGGUUCGAAGAAGCCAGACGGCUAGCCAUACAGCACAGGAAAAAUUUCGAAACGGCUAAUUUGGGUCACUUGAAGAAGCAGCAAGGCGAAUCGAAAACGUCCCAUCUGAAUCUUCUGAAUAUCAAUUCGCAAAUUCCAAAUGGAUUUAAAGAUAUCCAAGGGAAAAACAAACUGAUCUUCAAGUACCUGUCGUAUGAUUCCAUCCAAAAGGAGUGGGUAGUCACGUAUGACUAUGACAAUAAGGUCCUGGUUAAUAAAUUCCCCGUGGAUAUUUAUGGAUACAAUAACGCAUACGAAAUGGCCGUUCAGUGCAUCAACAGAUUGACCGUCUGUAAUCAGGAUAAAAUGUGUAAAAAUGUCAAUCAAGAUGCUAGCCAAAAUGGCAAUCAAAAUGGAGGUGCAAAUGGCGGCCAAAUUGCAAAAAUGUUCAAAGGGGAAAAUAUGAAAGGACUAAUUGCGUCAGAAAAUGACCUCAGCGAACAAGGGGGUGUUGGCUCUUCAUCCCUGGAACAACGUAAAGAAAAAACAAGUAAAUUGUUUAACCUAGCAAACAAGCUAUUGACAACCCCAAUAGACAGUGGAGAAAUGAAUGGGCUAAUUUCCCAUCAUGAAAAUAAUAUAUACAACGGAGGUAAUAAACAUUUCCUUGGAGGGGAGUACAACAAUAACACGUACAGUGAAUACCUUUCUGACAAGAAGCAGAAAGUGGGACAAUCAGAUUCAGAUGUAGGGAAUCCUCGUUCGGAUAAGAGCACCCAUCCAAAUGAAUAUAACAAUUUUUACAAAAAUGAAACAUCGUUUUUGAGUAACGAUUUUCAUUAUUUUAACAAUGCAGUAAAGCAGUUAAACAGCACAAACAGUGCGAAUGAAAAUGAUGAGGGUAGUGAUUUAUUGGCGCGUAUCAAAGGCUUAGCCCCUCGCGCAUACGGAGCAAGUAACAACAACAACGCGAAUGAUAGUAGUAGUAGUAGUCAUUUCAAGUCCGACUUGUACAACGAGUCAAGUUACGCAGCAGUGAACGGUUCCAGCUUUCCCAUCCUAGAAGAUGAUGGAAUUACUGGAAGCGAUUUUGGUAGUCAUAAAAAUAUUCUCACAAAUAGUAGUAGUAAUAUGGCAGGCAAGAGCAGUAAUGAACAAUCAAGUUUAGCCUACUUGAGUAGUAUGAAAAAGAACAAUGAUGAUAACAGUGCGAAGCUAUUGCACCUUCUGAGCACGAGCCUUAUAAGCGAGGAAGACCAAAAUACUUACCACCUUCUGAGCAACGUACUUAAAAAUGGUAACACGAAUAAUAAAUCCAUCGAAAGUAUUAGCACCACGAUGAACCAUACCUUGGAUGAGGAGGAUAAUGCAAAAAGGGCAAUAGGAGUAGUAAAAUGGGACCAUCUCGUAAAGAGUCAAGAGUAUGGAGCGGUAAACAAUAACGAGGAUUAUAGCAGUAGUAGCCACAACAACAUGAACAACGCCUGUAGCGGUAGUAGUAGUAGUAGUAGGAAGAAGAAGAAUCCCUUUCAAGGGAGUAUCAGUGGAGGUAUAACAGAUCCACAAAUCUUUGGGGCAUUUUUAAAAUUGAGCGGCGAAAAAGAUGGAGCAUUAGACUCAUCCAUAAAUAUGGACGAUAAUGAUCAAUCCUUGGAAGACAAACCUGUGCGAAAUGGAUCACGACACUAUGGUGAAGAUAUCGGAGAGGGCAGCCACAUCGAUGAUAAUGACCCCACCAACCGGGAGGAGGAAAACCUCGCCUUUGGGCAAUUUUUCCAAAGAGAAAGAGAAGGAUCAGGGCAUGCCAAUGAUGAUGAAGAACAUUUCCAAAAUGAAGUAGAAAAAAAACAAAAAAUAAAUGAACAUUUAAAUUACGAAAAUAUACUAAACUUUAACAAAAUGAUAAAGAACCUAAUGAAUAAUAAUAAUAAUAAGGUUGAGGAGGAUGAUAAAAUUAUUAAAGAAAUGAACAAUUUAAUAAAUAUGACUACUACUUCUGUAGGGGAUAAAACGGAUGAAAACGUAACGGAUCCGAACAGGGAAAAUGAACAAAGUAGUUAUAGUGCUUGUACGAUGAACGAACUGCAAAGUGUAAUCAGAAGACACGUGGAAGCCUCUAUGAAUUAUGAUGAUUACAUCACAGUGAAAGAUGAAGAAGACGAUGAUGUGAUGAAUGUGGAGGAGGAAGAACGGGAGGAUUCAUCUCCUUUAGGGGAUACCGAAAGUGAAAACCAUGUGCAGUCUGCUCAGAAUGAUACAUCUGUUAAUCAUACGAGUAGUAAUGGCGACGCGGUAACGGACAAUCCAGGAAGUGAAGAAGAUGCAAACGUAGUUACCCAGGAGGAAGGAAAAUCGAAUGGGGAUAAUUCAGCUGAUCAGGAUACGCAAAGAGAAAUGGAAGGGGAAUGCCUAGAAAAAGAUGUGGAAAAUAUGACCGAACAGAAGGAAGAGAACGACAGUGCAUCAAGCGAUGCCAUGACAACAAUGCAGAAGGAGGACAACUCAACGGAAGAAAAACAAGUGGAGGAAAAAAAAACAAAGAAAAAUCACGAAUGUAACGAAAUUGCUACCAAGUUAUACCCGUGGAAAAAAGGCAUACAGUGGAACAAGCAAAGAAAUAUGUGGGUAUGCAAAUUAUGGGACGAAAGUGGAAACGAAAUUACAAAACAUAUCUACGUGAAGAACAAAGAAGGAGUAGAAAUUGGUUAUAACUAUUGCUCAAAGUUGAGAAUGAAUUCAUUUUCUUUUUACUUAAGUAGUGAAUUGAAGAAAUUCCCCUCAAUUGAAGAAAUUUCUCAUGACCUCGAAAACCUGUGCUUUGUGGUGAACUACAAGGAUGAGGAAAAGAAGAGGUACUCAUUCGAAGGGGGGAUAUGCAGGGCGUUUGAGGAUGCCGUGGAGUAUUUGAAUAAGCGAAAAGGGGAGGAAAAGAGCGCAACAGAGCAUGCGGAAAAGGAUGGCGAACAGCUUGACGAUGGUGUUGAUGGUGCUGAUGGUGUUGAUGGUGUUGAUGGUGUUGAUGGUGUUGAUGGUGUUGAUGGCGCUGAUGGUGCUGAUGGUGCUGAUCGUGCUGAUCGAUGUGAUGGUCAAAGCCAAACUGGAGCAGAGGACGAGGCCGAAGGGGAUAGCCAGGUGAGCGUCAAAAGGGGGACAGGUGAAAAUAGCCAAACGGAUGACAACAACCAAACGGUUGGCAGCCACAGCCCGUACAACAUUGCUGACUUUGUUCAAGACGAAAGGAACCACGCCCAGCUAGACGACACGUUCAAAGAAUUGAAAUACUUCGAGUGCAUCCAAAAAUUACCAAGUAGUAAUACGUGCGAGCAGACCAAGUUAGCGAACAGCUUGAAACCUUGGGUAAAAGGAAUAAUUUGGGAAGAGAAAAUGAGAAAAUGGGUUGUGUUUUUUAAAGACAUAAAUAAAAAUCUACGAAUCAGCUUUUUCAAUCCAUGUGAUUAUAAUAACGAUGUUAUACUCUCGUAUAAAAAAUGCUGUGAGUAUUUUCUUCAAAUUAAAAAAUCCAACAACUUUGAUGAAAAUAAGGAGGAUUUUUCCGAGUCCAUUCGAGAGUUCCUUAACAAUUUUGAGUUUGACAACACAAACAGUGAGCAUCACCUCAAUGAAGAUAACAAUGAGGAGGAGGAUUUCGAUGAACGUGGUACCGGCGAAGAUCUAAAACAAAGCAACCAACACAAAACCCUAGAUUAUUAUAGUAAAAAUAAGGACCAUAUAAAUUUAGGUGAUUGUACUCAGGUGAAUACUAACUACCUCAGUAAGAUAAGUGAAAUGCUGAUGUCCAUGCGAAAGGGAAAUAACAAUUGUAAUGGAACUACAGGAAAUGAACAUUAUGAUGAUGAGGAGGAGGAACAGGAAGAUGCAGUUUAUAGGCAGGAGUUUCCAGGUUUGGGAAAAAUGGCUGAGAAAAGAAAAUUCCUCAUGAUGAACAGUGGAAGUGAGAGUAACAAUUUGAGUUAUGCAGACCCAAGGAAGUUAAUAAAGUUCGAGUUACCCAACGGAGAGGUUGUUCAUUCCUCUCAGAAUGGGAAUGACAUAAAGGGGAAGAACACAGCGGCGCUACUUCAAGCAUAUAAGUACGCAACAGAUCUAGCCAGUCGGAAAGGCAAUGGGAAAGACGACUUGCUGCUUACGCACAAUAGCGAAUUUUUUAACCACAUGAAUCAUACCAAUUCUAUUGAUAAUGAAAAUGAGAAAACAAGGAAGAGGAGAAAGGCUAACGCACGAAGCAUUGGAAAGGGCAAAAAUGGCAUUGGAGAUAUCGCAGAAAAUGCUGGUGCAGGUAGCGAUAACACAGAAAGUGACGAUGCUAAUGAUCGAAAUGAUGGAAAUCGAAAUAGCAGCAAUAGUGGUAGUAUGCGGAAGGGACUACUAAUGGAGAGCAAAAAAUAUUUUGACCUCCGUGAAGGUAGCCACCUACUUAACGGAAAUAAUGACUAUCUGUUGAAUGAAGAAGAUGCAAGUUACAAAAUGGAUUACUCCGGAUCGGAUAGGCAGAAGAAGACAAAUCGAACGAAUGAAUAUGGUUAUAACACCACAUCCGGUACGAACAACAGCAAUGCUUAUCAGGAGGAUGGCGGUGCGACCGCGACUGCAACCACGAAGAGCUCUAUCGGUGGAAGAGGCAUAAAAAACGAAGAAAAUUAUGAUUCGAACUUUCUAGGAGGGAAUAGCAUGGACUCAAAUAGUGAUAUAAUGAUGCAUGGAAAGAACGGAAAUAGUAAUCAUAUAAAUUUGUUGAAGCAACAACAGGGAGUUGUGGCGGGAGGAGACAUUGCCGCUAUGCUAGAGUAUGUUAGAAAUAAUGCCGAUAACGCUACUGCAGGUAGUAACAUCAGUACGUCUACUACUACCCUGAAUACAGACUUGACGCAUAGUAAUAAUAGUAACGGAAAAGGGGCAGGUCUUCGUAAUUAUGAAAAAUACAUGUCCAAUAUGGAGAAUAAAUCCAUUAACAAAACGAAUGAGAAACUAGAUUCCCUUAUUGAUAACAACAUAAAUGUGAGAUUGCCCAAAAGUGAAAUACUGAACCAAGCUGCCAGCCUGCCAAAGUUGCAAGGAAUGUUCUUUGAUAAAAGAAGAAACUACUGGACUGUAAGUGUAUGCGGAUUUAGAAAAUCUUUUGGAGUUCGAACGAGAGGAGUAUACCAAGCAUACAAAUUAGCAGCCGAAUUUCGUAACCGCAUCUUAGAAACGAAUAAAGGGAAAUGCUAUCCGCAGAAAAGCUCAAGUAUGUCUAGCAACUACAAAUAUAAUUUAAAAAAUACCAGCAAUAAUGGACUGAUUAAAGACGAAAAAAGUAGUUUCACACAUGAAUCUGCUGCCCACAAUAUGGAGGAGGAAAAUUUAAAAAAAAAAGCCAUGUCCUUGUGUAAUAUGGGUAAUGGUAAUAAUGACAAGGAUCUCGUUCCUGGUGGGGGAGAUCCACGAGGUAUAGCAGGCAUAGUAAGUGCUGCCUUCGGUACAAAGGGAAACAACAACCUUGGAUACGUUACUUCCAACGUUUAUGAUUACCUUUGGGAUAAGAAGGCGAACGGAAUUGGAGGUGCAACGACAAGUAGUUGUAGUGCAGUUUGUGGUGCAGUCUGUACGGGGUUGUGUACCGCAAUUGGCGGAAGUAGUACAAAUUGCAGCGGAACGUGCGGAGGAAUUUGCUCAGGCAACUGUAGUGGAGGUAAGAAGGAUCUAACGAACAACAGUAGCACGAACAGCGUAAGCCACGACGAUAAUUUUUCUAAUUUGGAGGAUGAUAAAACAAACUUCAAUGGGAAGAAUAAUAAGUGCAAUGGUGAAAGGAGGCUUCGAGGAAAUUAUUACCCAUCCAAGAAUGAAAAUGGGAUCAUGUCAAUGAUGACGGAUUCCAAUUUAAUGCACCUGUUAAACGAAGGAACAGGACCUACGGCAUCCAUUUUAGCAGGAGGAGAGACAUUCCUUAAAGAGAAUAGAACUAGCCAAUUGAAGAAACUAAAUGGACACAAUGCGUCAUCUAGCAACAGUGCCAUAAGCAACAGCGGUGGCAACCCAGCGAAUUAUUCCCCAACACAUAUAUACGAAGUUGAUAAUAUUAACGGUAAUCAGGAUUAUUACUUGAAGGGGGAGGAUGGAAAAAGUGAGUUGAAUAAAUUAGAAGAUUUAAAAAAUGGAAAAAGCAACAGUAGUAGCAACAAUGUUAGUCCAAAUAUAAAUUUCACAAAAAGUGGCAUGAACAGUGAUGAUGGAAGCAAGACGGGUCACGUGAGUUUUGCUGGAUUGGACAGCGACGAUGGUCCAAAUAACAACCUGCAUAAAAUAUCAACCACGUUCGGAGAACAACCCUCACAUGAGGAACCCUACGGAAAAAACAUCACUCAUAAUGACCAAGAUACUCACACACAUAACAGUAAGGCACUGAUGGAAGUAGAAUUAUUAAAUAAAUUGAUAUCGCACAACAUCGAUGAGAACUUGUGCUUCUCUUAUUCAAAUAAUAUGGCUUACCCAGGAGACGAAAACUAUGAACAUGGAAAAGAAGACCUAUACAAAACAUACAACUUCGAUGGGGAAAAUAAGUCGUUCAAUUUUAGUGGACUGCUAGACGAAACAGUUGAGGAAAGGGAUAUCCGAAUAAACAAAGAGGUUCACAAAUGCAAAUUUGUCGAAGGACUCAUAUACGACGAAGCGAACAAGUGUUUCCGAAUUAAGAUUAAUGGGUAUAGGAAGGCCUACUCAGUUAUAAGGCGAGGUGUUAAAGAGGCCUACAAGUUGAGCAUUGAAGCCAUUCAACAGAUUCGCAGACAGGCACAAGUGGGAGGAUUAAAUAGUCUGGGUAUCGGCCUCAACGGCAACAGCCCAAGCAGUGGAAACCUCAUCGGCGGAAAACUGAACAGCACAUCUGAGCAGGGACAAAUAAACUCCAACAACUUAACGCAGCUUUACAAUUCCAGCCCCGAAAACUCCAAACAUAGCUCGCUCUAUAACUAUCAGUACAAGAAAAAGCAGGAAGCGCACAACGAUUUCGCAGAUGGCAUGUUUGAAAACGCACCUGAUGUAAGCAAUAAUGGUUCCACCCAAGUGGACUUGAACAGAGAAGAUUCCUUGGGAGAAACGAAAAAGAUCCCAAGAGAGAAUAGCACUUCCUUCCCAACCCUGAACAUUGACGACAAGUACUACGAGCUGCUAAAAACAGCCAUCAUAAUUUGCCUGAAUGACAUUUUAAUGAAUUCCAUUCCGAAGUUGUUUCACCUAUACAAAAACAUCAGUUCCACAACGAACGUAAAAAUUGCAGACGUGUUAAAUAACGAGAAGAAGAGGAAGGAGCAAUCCAUCAAGUACCACAUAGAAUACACCCAGAAUUCUAUUGGGGUUUCAUCCCUUAUUCCUUACCUCCGACUGUUCAGCAUGGAAAUUUUAAAUAACGUUCUGCCGUCAACUCAGUCCCUCGAAAUUCAGAGGCAGAUCAUCCACUCCCUCGAUUUGCAAACCUACAACACGUCAUACUGA